CAUUUUUAAGGCAACUUUGAAUAAGUGCGAUGGCGACUCUGGUCAACGGGGCCCACAAGGAUCCAGACCUGUGGUCCUCACAUGAUAAGAUGCUGACACAGCCCCUCAAGGACAGUGACACUGAGGUUUACAACAUUAUUAAGAAGGAGAGUAACCGGCAGAGGAUCGGAUUGGAGCUGAUUGCCUCCGAGAAUUUCGCCAGCCGGGCAGUUUUGGAGGCCCUAGGCUCUUGCUUAAAUAACAAAUACUCUGAAGGGUACCCAGGCCAGAGAUAUUACGGCGGGACUGAGUUUAUCGAUGAGCUGGAGACCCUCUGUCAGAAGCGAGCACUGCAGGCGUACAGUCUUGACCCACAGUGCUGGGGAGUCAACGUACAACCCUACUCAGGUUCCCCUGCAAACUUUGCAGUGUACACAGCUCUGGUGGAACCCCAUGGACGCAUCAUGGGCCUGGACCUGCCUGAUGGGGGCCACCUGACCCACGGGUUCAUGACAGACAAGAGGAAAGUCUCCGCCACAUCCAUCUUCUUUGAAUCUAUGCCCUAUAAGGUGAACCCAGACACUGGCUACAUCAACUACGACCAGCUGGAGGAGAACGCCCACCUCUUCCACCCGAAGCUGAUCAUCGCAGGAACCAGCUGCUACUCGCGAAACCUGGACUACGCACGUUUGCGGAAGAUUGCAGAUGAGAACGGAGCAUAUCUCAUGGCGGACAUGGCGCACAUCAGCGGGCUGGUGGCGGCAGGCAUGGUGCCCUCCCCUUUUGAACACUGCCAUGUGGUGACCACCACAACCCACAAGACCCUCAGGGGCUGCCGAGCUGGCAUAAUCUUCUACAGGAAAGGAGUGCAAAGUGUGGAUCCCAAGACUGGCAAAGAAAUUCUCUACAACCUGGAGUCGCUCAUCAACUCUGCUGUGUUCCCCGGCCUGCAGGGAGGGCCCCACAACCACGCCAUUGCUGGGGUUGCUGUGGCCCUGAAGCAAGCCAUGACUCCAGAAUUUAAAGUGUAUCAGCAGCAGGUGGUGGCCAACUGCAGGGCUCUGUCCGAGGCCCUGACGGAGCUGGGCUACAAGAUAGUCACAGGUGGUUCUGACAACCAUUUGAUCCUUGUGGAUCUCCGUUCCAAAGGCACAGAUGGUGGAAGGGCUGAAAAGGUGCUAGAAGCCUGUUCUAUUGCCUGCAACAAGAAUACCUGCCCAGGUGACAGAAGCGCCCUGCGGCCCAGUGGACUGCGACUAGGGACCCCAGCACUGACGUCCCGAGGACUUUUGGAAAAAGACUUCCAAAAAGUAGCCCAUUUUAUUCACAGAGGGAUAGAGCUGACUCUGCAGAUCCAGAAUGACGUCGGUGUCAGGGCCACCCUGAAGGAAUUCAAGGAGAGACUGGGAGGGGAUAAGUACCAGCGGGCCAUACAGGUUCUCCGGGAGGAGGUCGAGAGCUUCGCUUCCCUCUUUCCUCUGCCUGGCCUACCUGAUGUGUAACGGGGGCUGGCUCCUGCCCUGCUCUGCAAGGACACUGCUGGAGGACCAGAGCCCUCUUGAGAUGCAAGAGCUGCCCCACAGGGUACCUGCUUAGCUUUUGUGCUUUUUGAGGGUUUCUGGUGGACUUUUUUUCAUGUUUUCUUCACAGAUCAAAAUCUAAGUCCCACUGUUAGUAAUUCUGAAGAUUAUUAAAGAAAUUAAAUUUGAACCUCACUUUCUCACAGCUAUAUAGAAUUAUUAUAAAAAAGCCAAAUACUGUGUAGCCAUUUAGCCUUAAUCAUUUAGGUGUAGGGCAAAACUAUUAGAAAGGCUUCAGUAUUUUGCUCCCUUCUCUUAGUUAUUGGGCCUUGCUGCAACAGAAAAGAAACGCCUGAGCCCACAGCUUGUAGGGGGUGCUCCUUCUACCUACUUACCCAGUGGGAUGCCACAGCAGAACUGAAUUAGGACCAUUACAACUGAAGAGGGAUCUUCUGAAGCUUCUGCUAUGUAUUAUGAAUCAGAAGUGCAAGUUAGACAUCUAUACAAGGUGCACCCAAUAUAGUGGGAAGGUUUUGCUGUCAGCAACUCAAAGCAUGUUGUAUCUUCCACCCUCCAUUCUGGGAAGUGCCCAGACCCUUCCUGGUGUGACAGUCAACCAGGGGCUGUCCUGAUCUGCCUGAGAGAGCCAACUCCCUGCUGUAAUUAAGGAAACCAAAGUGACCUUCCCAAAGAAACUUUAUUUUUCACAUAGCUGAAGUGCAAAAACAUAGGUGACCACUUUAAUUAAGCACAAUCAAUUUUUAACCACAGAAUGUCUACAAGAAUCAUAGCUUUAAAAAAUACAAUGAAUUUCUAUAUUUCAAAAAUAUCUGAACUCAAAUAAAUUAAUUUCUUAAAAAGUA